AUGCUUGAUCCCAUCAUCGCCUUCUUCCGGCGCAUCUUCGAGGCGAUCGGCCAUGGCAUCGGCGUCGCCAUCGGCUGGCUCUUGUGGCCGUUCCUUGCCUUCUGGGCGUGGCUCGGCGGGCGCGGCUGGAUCAUCAAGAUCCCGGUUUUCGCCAUCCUGCUGGGCCUGAUCGCCGGCUAUGGCUAUCUGUUCUACAUCACCCAGUUCUGGCGCGGCGACGAUCCCAACUAUGUCGCCAGCUACAACUAUUCCGAGAUCACCACGGCCGCCGGCGAACAGUUGCCCGACGGCACGUGCCAACCUUCGGCCAUGGUGCAGAUGACGGCGGACCUGAUCGACCGCAACGUCAACCAGGAUAUCUGGGUGCCGUCCAAUCCGCUGCACAAGGCGGGUUUUUUCUUCGUUGCCGACUGGAAGGACACCCCGUUCUUCGACAACAAGGCGGCGUUCCAGCUCGGCACCAACCAGGCGAUCCGGCGCACGGCGGUGGAACUGGUCGACCGGCUGGGGCGCGUGCGCGGCACAUCGUCGGUCAACCAGAACCUUCAGGAAGCGCGCGAAGCGGCCAACUAUCGCGAGGAUGCGUGGAUAUUCACCUUCAGCCCGCCCUUCCUGCAGCCCUCGACGCAGGCCAAGCUGCGUGAGGCACGACAGGAACUGCUUGCCUUCAACGCCGAGCUCUCGGCCUGUCAGGCCGAUUUCGAUGUGCGCGCCGACAACCUCCUGCAAUUCAUCGAUCGUGUGACCGCCGAUAUCGGCUCGACCUCGGAAAUCCUGCAGCGGCGCAUGGAGGCGGCGAGCUUUUUCGGCUUCGACCGCCGCGCCGACGACCGCUUCUGGUUCACCUAUGGCCAGCUCUACGCCUAUUACGGCAUCCUGUCGGCGGCGAGUGUCGACUUUCAGGACGUGUUCACCCAGCGCAACCUGACGAGCCUUUGGGCGCGCAUCGACGAGCAGAUGAGCGAUGCGCUGCAGGUGCGGCCGCCCUUUGUCGCCAAUGGCAGCGCGUCGAGCCUGGUCAAAUCGCAUCUGGAAUCGAUCGGUUUCGAUCUGCUGCGCGUCCGCUCGAACCUGGUCGAGAUGCGCGACGUUCUGGACCGGUAG